GAGAAAACAUAUCCUAAAUCUAAGGUUUAAAGUAGGGAAGAUGUUUUUCCUUUUUUUCCGCAAAAUAGAGAGCGAGAGAGGGAAAAAGGAACAAACUUUUGGAAAAGAAAAAGGCGAGAAGAAGGAGAAGAAGCCUAAUUGUUUGUCUCUCAAAAAACACAGCUUUUCCUCUGUUUACGCUCUCAUCUCAAUUCAUUCAUUGUUCAACUCUCUUUCCUUUCUCCCUCUCUCUCUCUCUCUCUCUCUCUCUCAUUUUCAUCUGUCGUUCUCUUCUCUGAAAAGACAAAUCCAUGGAUCUAUGAAUCUCUCUUCCUCUCUCUCACCCUUUCUUUCCCCAUCUCUCAAUUCCCUUCUUCUUCCCCAAAGUUUAGGGUUUUAAUUCCCCCUCAGAUCUGUUUCCCCUCUUUUUUUAUAUACCCAUUUCAGCUUCCUCUGCAAUUCCCAUCUCUGUUUUCUUCUUACCCUUUUCAUUUCAGCCUUACCCGUCUUCUUUUUUCUUCAAUUUCCGCUAUUUUUUUCAUCUUCCUCUCUGUUUUCCCCUUUAAUAAUGUCGUCUUUGCGUCUAGAUCUGACUUCUAAGAUCUACCCAGAACCUGAUUCUCUGUUUUCUUUUAAUUCUGCUUCCAUUUCCACCACCUCUUGUUGUAUUGACCACUUUGAUCGUCUUCCUGAUUCCCUUCUUCUUCUUAUUUUCAACAAGAUUGGUGACGUUAAGGCUCUUGGUCGAUGCUGUGUCGUUUCUCGAAGGUUUCACUGUCUUGUGCCUCAAGUGGAAAACGUUGUUGUUCGUGUGGAUUGUGUUAUUUCUGAUGAUGAAUCCUCUUCUUCUUCUUCUUCGUCUGGUAAAUCUCGUGGCCCUUUUUUUAAUAUUUUUCGCUUUGUAUUUGGUGGCAUUGUUAAGCCCCUUCAAGCGUUGGGCCAGUUUUUGGGUCAGACACGAGCAUCCUCUAGUUUGGCAUCCUCUUCCUCUACCUCAUCUCUCGCGGUUGGUACCGAUGAGGAUGGUGAAAUUGAUCAAGGUGGGGUCACCCAUCAUUCCCCAACUCAGGUUCUUAAGAAUUUCAAUGAGAUUCGAUUCCUUCGGAUCGAGCUUCCGAGUGGGGAAUUGGGUAUUGAUGAUGGGGUAUUGUUGAAAUGGCGAGCUGAUUUCGGAUCCACUUUGGAUAAUUGUGUGAUUUUGGGUGCUUCUUCGGUGAUUCAACCGGGCUCCAUCAAACCUUCAAUUGGUCAAGAUAAUGGGACUGAUGGGGGAUUCUGUAUUGGCAAUGGCGGUGCUAGCGACGAUAAUGGAAGUAUACCCGAAUCCUUUUACACCAAUGGUGGUCUGAAAUUGAGAGUAGUAUGGACGAUUAGUUCGCUUAUUGCAGCUUCAGCGAGGCACUAUUUGCUGCAACCAAUAAUAGCAGAUCACAAGACUUUGGAUAGUUUGGUUCUUACUGAUGCGGAUGGACAAGGGGUGCUUUGUAUGAACAAAGAUCAACUUGAGGAGUUGAGGGUGAAGCCCUUGUCUGCUUCUUCCGCUUCGAAGAGAACUCUCGUACCAGCUUUGAAUAUGAGACUUUGGUAUGCCACACACUUAGAAUUGCCUAAUGGGUUGAUACUGAAGGGCGCUACACUUGUCGCUAUCCGUCCCAGCGAACAGUCUGCGGCGAAGAAGGAUGUGUCUGAUUGCUCUUGGGCUUCAACUGCUUUUGAAGAACCAUAUAGGACUGCUGCAAAGAUGUUAGUGAAGAGGAGAACAUACUGCCUUGAGAUGAACUCUUUCUAAAACCACAUUAGCAAUUUGAGAGUUUUGGGUUUUCAGGUAUAGAGAAGAACAACGGUGCAAAACGGGGGGAAGGAGAUUGCUUACCUUCAGAAAAAUGAGAAAGAAAUUCUUAUUGGAAGAACAAUGAAACCAACUUCUGACUGGAGGGGGAAAAAGAAAGAAAACUCAUUCGUUGUUGGCAAUAUUAUAAUACGAAAUGGUUGACCGUUUUUGGUAAAGAUGAUAGUGGAAAAAAUGCAUCUGCUGGUUGUUUUUGUUACAGGCAUUUGCUAUUUGGAGUGCAGACAAACAGCUAGAGAAUGAUGUUGUAAAAGCUUUGAGUUUGUAGCCCCUUUUAACUUCUGUCCAUCCUGUAUAUGUGAAUACUGUAGGUAAGAAGACUUCAUUAUGAUCUCAUGUGAUAUAGUUUGAAGUUUAUAAAUGUAAGCCCUUUGUUAAAUUUAGUUCAAUAA